GCGCGCGCUCGGUUGCUUCGUCACCAGGCGCCGCUGCUGCGCGAGUCGGCGGGGCCGGGCGCGGCCAUCGCAGCGGCGGUUGGGCGGCCGUUAGCCAUGGCCGCGGGCGGGGAGGAGCGGCGCGGUACUGGGCCGCAGAAGGAGGUGGCGUACAACCGCCUGCUGCCCUACGGCUCCCGGCUGGAGGCCGAGGCCGCCUGCCUGCUCGCAUGCAUCAAAGGCAACCUGGGCCGCGCCGUGCAGCUCCGCGAGCUCUGGCCUGGCGGCCUCUUCUGGACCCGCAAACUCGCUACGUAUAUCCGUUUAUAUGGGAGAAAAUUUAGUAAAGAAGAUCAUGUGCUUUUUAUCAAGUUGUUGUAUGAGUUGGUGACGAUUCAAAAGCUGGAGAUCAGCAUGAUGCAAGGUUUUGCACGUCUGUUGAUAAACCUUUUAAAGAAAAAAGAACUUCUCUCAAGAGAUGAUUUGGAAUUACCAUGGAGACCACUUUAUGAAAUGUUGGAGAGGAUACUGUAUUCCAAAACUGAACACCUUGGAUUAAAUUGGUUUCCUAAUUCUGUAGAAAGUGUCCUGAAAACACUUGUUAAAAGCUGUCGGCCGUAUUUUCCAGAGAAUGCCACUGCAGAAAUGCUAGAUGAGUGGAGACCUUUAAUGUGUCCAUUUGAUGUUACCAUGCAAAAGGCCAUCACCUAUUUUGAACUGUUUCUACCCACUACCCUUCCUCCAGAACUUCACCAUAAAGGUUUUAGGCUUUGGUUUGAUGAAUUUAUAGGCCUUUGGGUUUCAGUUCAAAAUCUUCCACAAUGGGAAGGGCAUUUAGUAAAUCUUUUUGCUCGCUUGGCCACUGACAACAUAGGCUACAUAGACUGGGAUCCAUAUGUACCAAAGAUAUUUACAAGGAUUCUGAGAAGUUUGAAUCUUCCUGUGGGGAGCAAUCAAGUUGUAGUUCCAAGAUACUUAACAAAUGCUUAUGAUAUAGGACAUGCAGUAAUGUGGAUCACAGCCAUGAUGGGUGGACCAAGCAAAAUAGUACAGAAGCACUUGUCUGGGUUAUUCAGUAGCAUUGCAUCCUUUUAUCAUCCUUCAAAUAAUGGUCGAUGGCUGAACAAGUUGAUGAAACUACUUCAAAGAUUACCAAGUAGCGUUGUUAGAAGAUUGCAUCGUGAACGUUACAAAAAAAUGACUUGGCUUACACCUGUGCCUGAUAGCCAUAAACUUACUGAUCAAGAUGUUACAGACUUUGUAGAAUGCAUUAUUCAACCUGUUCUUCUGGCUAUGUUUAGUAAAACUGGAAGUCUAGAGGCUGCCCAAGCCCUACAGAAUCUGGCACUAAUGCGUCCUGAAUUAGUAAUUCCACCUGUACUUGAAAAGACAUAUCCGGCACUGGAGACAUUGACAGAACCUCAUCAGCUCACAGCUACUUUAAGCUGUGUAAUUGGAGUAGCUCGUAGCUUGGUAUCUGGAGGCAAGUGGUUUCCUGAGGGUCCAACACACAUGUUACCUCUGUUGAUGAGAGCAUUGCCUGGCGUGGAUCCAAAUGACUUCAGCAAAUGCAUGAUCACAUUCCAGUUUAUUGCAACAUUUUCUACCUUAGUGCCUUUGGUAGAUUGCUCAUCUGUACUACAAGAAAGAGAUGAUCUUUCAGAGGUAGAGAGAGAGCUGUGUUCUGCUACUGCUGAAUUUGAGGAUUUUGUACUGCAGUUUAUGGACAGAUGUUUUGGGCUCAUAGAAAGCAGCACGCUAGAACAAACUAGAGAAGAGACUGAAACUGAAAAGAUGACUCAUUUGGAGAGUUUAGUGGAAUUGGGCCUCUCUUCUACUUUCAGUACAAUCCUCACCCAAUGUUCGAAAGAUAUAUUUAAGGUUGCCUUAGAAAAGGUUUUUAACUUCGCUGUUUCAAAUAUAUUUGAGACAAGAGUUGCUGGUCGGAUGGUUGCUGACAUGUGCCGAGCUGCAGUAAAAUGCCGUCCUGAGGAGUCUUUGAAGCUCUUUGUGCCCCGUUGCUGCAGUGUAAUAACUCACCUUACCAUCAAUGAUGAUGUCUUGCAUGAAGAAGAACUAGAUAAGGAACUACUCUGGAACCUUCAACUUUUGUCAGAGAUUACACGAGUGGAUGGAAAGAAAUUGCUGCCAUACAGGGAGCAGCUUGUGAAGAUUCUGCAGCAAACCCUACACUUAACCUGUAAGCAGGGUUACAUUCUGUCUUGUAACCUACUGCACCAUCUUCUUCGUUCUACUACACUUAUCUACCCCACAGAGUACUGCAGUGUGCCAGGUGGCUUUGACAAGCCUCUUUCUGAAUACUUUCCUAUCAAGGACUGGGGUAAACCAGGCGACUUGUGGAACCUGGAUAUCCAGUGGCAUGUUCCUUCAUCUGAGGAAAUAAAUUUUGCCUUUUACUUAUUGGAUACUUUUCUUCAGCCUGAGCUCACAAAACUGGAACACCAUACAGAAGGAAAACUAGAAAUGUCCAGAGAUGAUGUACAGCAGUCUCUCUCUAUAGUACACAACUGCCUGAUUGGUUCGGGGAACAUUCUGCCUCCUCUAAAAGGAGAAAGGAUAGCUCACCUGGUCCCAAGUCUGGUGUCUUUGGAAGAGACAAAACUUUAUACUGGUGUUGACUAUGAUUUGUCGAGAGAGAAUCACAGAGAAACAAUUGCUAGGAUCACAAGGAAACUGCUCCAUUAUAUACUUGAUAAUUCGGAAGAUGACACCAAGUCUUUGUUUCUAAUCAUAAAGAUCAUUAGUGAUGUGUUACAGUUCCAAGGAUCUCACAAGCAUGAGUUUGAUUCCAGAUGGAAGAGCUUCAACCUAGUGAAGAAAUCAAUGGAGAACAGGCUUCAAGGAAAGAAGCAGCAUAUCAGAGCCUUGCUGAUUGAUAGGGUCAUGUUGCAGCAUGAGCUGAGAACACUAACUGUUGAGGGCUGUGAAUAUAAAAAUAUACACCAGGGCAUGAUCAGAGAUCUUCUGUGUUUGUCCACAAGUUCCUAUGGUCAGGUCAGAAAUAAAGCUCAACAAGCCUUCUUCACAGCACUGGGGACAUAUAAUUUUUGUUGCAGAGAUAUCAUUCCUUUGGUUUUGGAGUUCUUGCGUCCAGAUCGGCAAGAUGUCACUCAGCAGCAGUUUAAAGGUGCCUUAUAUUGUCUUCUUGGAAAUCACAGUGGCGUAUGCCUGGCAAAUCUCCAUGAUUGGGAUUGUAUUGUACAGACUUGGCCAGCAAUAGUCUCCUCUGGACUUAGCAAAGCCAUGUCUCUGGAAAAACCAUCUAUAGUUAGACUUUUUGAUGACCUUGCAGAAAAGAUCCACAGACAGUAUGAAACAAUUGGAUUGGAUUUUACAGUUCCAAAGAAGUGCUCUGAGAUAGCUGUACUGCUGCAAAAAUCAGAACACCCCAGCACCAAUUUGACAAUGCUAACAUCAGAAGAGAUUCAGUUAGGAAUUCAGCGCCAGAAAGAAAAGAAUGCUGAGGCUUUGCAAAACUAUGAGAACUUGGUCAACAUGCUGUUAGAUUGUGUGGAACAAAGAAAUCUACCCUGGAAAUUUGAGCACAUAGGCAUUGGCUUUUUAUCCUUGCUCCUGAGAGAUGAUAGGGUGCUGCCUGUCCGUGCCAUAAGAUUCUUUGUUCAGUGUCUAACCCACGAUGCCAUUGUGGUUCGUAAGAUGGCUAUUUCAGCUGUUGCUGGCAUUCUCAAGCAGCUGAAGAGAGUCCACAAAACGGUGCCCAUCUGCCCAUAUGAAGUCAGUAAGUAUUUGAUAAUGUUUAAAGUCUCUCCUUCAGAUUUUCUGAAAAUACCUUCCUCAACUAGCUUACUAAUAAAACAUCCUGUGUUCUGUGAAUUCUUCAAGGUGUUAAUGUUUUAAGCAAAUAAACAAGAUAAGU